CGACAAUCCGAGCACAGUCGCUCAACCUGCUCAGCACAUCUGUUUCCAGCUUCUCUUCUUCUCAACGCUUGCCCGCGUCGCCUUCAAAACCCUAGCUUUAUGGCGCUCUACACAAAACUACCCCACCAAAAACUCUACUCCCGCCUCCUCAUUCGCCACCUCUCUGCCACCGCCACCACCGCCGUAUCCCCCUCCGCUAUUCUUAGCCCCUCCGACUCCUCUGCUGUCCUCACAGCCAAGCAGAAAUCCCGCGCUGCCCUUCAUCUUCUCAGAUCGGAGAACGAGCCCUCCCGCAUCGUCGACAUCUGCCGCGCCGCAGCCCUUACUCCUUCCUCACACCUCGACCGCAACGCCUUCUCUUCCGCCAUCUCCAAGCUCUCAUCUUCCCAAUCCUUCUCCUCAAUCCGUUCCCUCGUAGAUGAACUUUUACUGUCUUCGAAAAACCCCAACCCUCGCUUUGUCUCCCACGCCAUCGUCCUCUUCGGCCAUGCUGGCAUGCAUGACGACGCCCUCCGUGCGUUUCGAUCAUUACCGUCUCCUCGAUCCCUCAAUGCUCUUCUAUUCGCCUGCAUCAUAUCCAACAACCACUCUGAGCUUGCCAAGAUCUUUCGAGAAUACCCCACAAUCUACGGGUUGAGCCCUGAUCUUGAAACAUACAACACCGUGAUUAAAUCAUUUGCGGAGUCGGGGACUACCAGAUCAUUCUACUCGGUGUUUGAUGAAAUGCUCAAGAGAAAAAUUAAGCCUAAUACGACCACUUUCUGCAACGCACUUGAAGGGUUUUAUAAGGAGCAGAGGUUUGACGACGUGGAGAAGGUGUUAGAGCUUAUGAGAAAGCACGAUUGCAACCCAGGGGUUUCCACGUAUAAUGUGAGGAUACUUGGGUUGACCAAACUUGGAAAGUCGGAGCAGGCAAAAGAGUUGUUUGGCGAGAUGUUGAAGAAGAAGGUGAACCCAAGUUGGGUUAGUUACAGUUAUUUAAUUGUUGGAUUUUGCAAGGAAGGGAAUUUGGAGGAAGCCAAAAGAUUUUACAAGUCUAUGCGUAGCAAAGGCUGUGUUGCUGAGAGUUGGGUUUACUUCUCACUUAUGAACUAUUUGUGUAAAGGUGGAGACUUUGAGGCGGCAUUGGGAGUUUGCAAGGACACAAUGGUGAGAAAUUGGGUGCCCUGCUUUGCCAGCAUGAAGCUGCUGGUGAAUGGGCUUGCCAGUAGCUCGAAAGUGGAUGAGGCAAAGGAUCUUAUUGAGAAGGUGAAGGAGAGAUUUCCAAAAGGUACCGACAUGUGGAAGGAAGUAGAAGAGGGGUUGUUAAAGUGAUGAUGCUCUAUCUCCUUCAUUGCAACCCUUCUUGCGAAGGGGAGGCUGAAGAUUUCAACUCAGCUCAUUCUUUAAGCCCCAAAACUUUCAUAUUUUGCUUGUUAAAUUUAUCAUUUGGGAUUGAAUCUUUAAACAAUCAUUAUAUGAGAAUCCUACUCUUUUAUGUUCCAAAACCUUCUUGAUUUUCUCUUAGUUGUAUGCAAUCUGAUCCUCUAGUAUUUUUCGUAUGUA